CCCCGGGCUCCUCAUCCUUGCUGGUAUCCCGAACUGGGUGAUAAAAACGCAAUAGGAAGCCUUGCUCUCCCCUGCCUCCUUCAUACUACCAGGCGAGCGUUAAAGAAAAUGCUGUUCUGGCUCACCUGGAACUAGGUUUGAGGAAGGGGAGCGUGGGAAAGGGAUCGGGCCGCCGUCGUCCCGCUCCCCGAAUCUAAGGGAUGGAGAGCAGGGGUAGAAAAGCCUGAGACAAGUUCAUAUUGGGUACGAUGCGGGACUCAACGCCUGAUUUGUAAAAUAAGAAAAAGAUUGUCACGUUUUAGGGCUUAGCCCUCACACGUGCAAAUCAUUCACCCUUGGAGGUACUUUGAAAUCUUAAGGUUGCCACGUGUUUGGCAGUUGCGGAACCGUUGCUUAGAGUAGGGCGUAAUCUUCAGCAGGUGCUUAGGAAUAGGUUUGGGAUAGGAUUCUCUUGAAGGUUUUUGGUGUUUUAUAGUGUGGUACAAGAUCCUAUGAAGGAAUAGUUAGCUCGAAUCCAAAUACUGUGUUUUAAAUUUACGUUUCUUGAAUUAAGUGCAUUGAGUUAAGUGAAUCUGAGUUUUUGCAAAGUACUUUAGAAGUUAAACUCAACAGUAAAUUCUGGAGGAGAUAGUUUCAGGGAAGGUCUUGAUAACUACUGGGAAACUGUUUUCUGACGUUUGGUUUUCUUACUGCUACAAGUUCUGCCUUGAGAAUUAGGUCUGCAGAAGUGGUUCAUCUUCAAGAGUCAGAACAAUAAUACGAAUUGUUCUCUUAAUAUUUGUCGACCGCUGUAUGGAAUACAAAGUACUUAAAGUUCUUGUCCUCAGGGAACUUACAGUGUAAAUUAUAGGCUUGAGUCUUAGUCACAUAAAAGAUAAUUCUAGACAACAUGAAAUCAAGAGCAAAAUGGAAUAAAUCCAAAUAUGAGUAGACUGUCAAGAAAAUUAUAGAUUGCUGAUGGCCAUCUGUAUGGGUCCCAUUAGAUCUUGAAGUUCCAUGUAGAAAGACUGAUAAUUUGAUAGCUGGAAAGAAGACAAGCCAUUCUAUGAAGGAGAGUCAGUGAAAAUUAUGGAGUAUACUCCCUAGAAGAAAACCCAGAAAGGCAUAUAACUUCCAUGGAGUUUGUGAAGUGUGCACAAAUAAAAAUUAUAACAAGUAACAUUCAUUGAGCGUUUACUAAGAGCAAGGCAAUGAACUUAAAGUUUUUAGUAAAUUCUCUGAUUUACUACUCUGAACAACCCUGUGAAUUUAUUAUCCCUAUUAUACAAAUGAAAAUAAUAGAAGUUGACUAACUUGCUGAAGUCACAAGUUUAUAAUGGUAGCUGUGGGAUUUGAGCCCAGGCAGUCUAAUUCUAGAACCCUUUGACUCUUAACCAUUCACCAUUCUACUUCUAAGAAUUCCAAGUAGACAGUGGCUUGAACAUGAAGAGAAGAAUUUUGGACAUGGCUGUAGGCUUGUAUGACUCGGUGUCUCUAGGGUUUUGUCUAGGAGAAGAGGUGACAGUUGAAAUGAUCAUGGAGGAAUAGUGUUGGCUUGGUGAGUUUAAGAUUGUGCUGUGAAGAAGAUUGUGCAUGAAGAAAGGGGAUUCAUGGUGUCUGAAAAGAUUGGUAACCUUCCCAUUUCGGAGAAAAGUCUUAGGAGACCAGUGUGGCCAAGAUUGACAGUGAGUGAUGGAUUGGAACUGAGACCAAAAUAUAAAGGAAUUGUGCAUUGCUUGACUACCAUUUGGAAACUUGAUGGACUACGGGGACUUUACCAAGGAGUAACCCCAAAUGUGUGGGGUGCAGGUUUAUCCUGGGGACUCUACUUUUUCUUUUACAAUGCCAUCAAAUCAUACAAGACAGAAGGAAGAGCUGAUCGUUUAGAGGCAACAGAAUACCUCGUCUCGGCUGCUGAAGCUGGAGCCAUGACCCUCUGCAUUACAAACCCAUUAUGGGUAACAAAAACUCGCCUUAUGUUACAGUACAAUGGUGUUGUUAACUCCUCACAACGACAAUAUAAAGGAAUGUUUGAUACACUUCUGAAAAUAUAUAAGUAUGAAGGUGUGCGAGGAUUGUAUAAGGGAUUUAUUCCUGGGCUGUUUGGAACAUCACAUGGUGCCCUUCAAUUUAUGGCAUAUGAAUUGUUGAAGUUGAAAUACAACCAGCAUAUCAAUAGAUUACCAGAAGCCCAGUUGAGCACAGUAGAAUAUAUAUCUGUUGCAGCACUAUCGAAAAUAUUUGCUGUGGCGGCAACAUACCCAUAUCAAGUUGUGAGAGCUCGUCUUCAGGAUCAACACAUGUUUUACAAGGGCGUGUUGGAUGUAAUCACAAAGACAUGGAGGAAAGAAGGCAUCGGUGGAUUUUACAAAGGAAUUGCCCCCAAUUUGAUUAGAGUGACCCCAGCCUGCUGUAUUACUUUUGUGGUAUAUGAAAAUGUCUCACAUUUUCUACUUGACCUCAGAGAGGAAAAAAAAGUAAGCUAGAAGAAGAUCAUCUCAAUUCGUCUGCUUAACGCAGCAGUUGCUCCUUUGUGUUUGAGGUAUAAACCUCAGAAGAAUGCUGCACAGCAACAUGGUUCAUAAUGGAAAUUGGUGUAUAAUCACUAGAAGUCAAAGAACUGCUAAGACUUUGCAAUGUUGUUUUGCUCUUUGCCUUCCCCAUAUGUUUGGGACUUGGCUACCUCUGCCAGAAAUGGCUCCCAUCAACAUGACAGUAAAACUGAUGUCAAGUGGAGAAUUUCACAAAUUCCUCUAUUUUAGUGUUCAAGUAGAAGCUGAUCACAGCAUUUGCUAAAUGGAUUAGAUCAAUGUGCUUCUUUUUGUGAACUCAUUUGCCUGGAUCGGCUUUAAAAUCAAUCUGUGUGCAAUAGCAAGAAAAUGGCUUCUGAAAAGAAUUGUCGUUGUUUCAAGAGUAAAUUAAACUUUAAGGAUUUGCUGGAAAAAUUGUUGCUUAAAUCCAGACCAUUUUUGAAUUGAGAAAUUUUGGUGAGGGGAAAAAAAAACACCACCACCGUAAAUGUGCGUUAGUUUAAAUUCAGUUGGAAUGUGCUAACUAGGGAAAUUUGAGACGUAUAAACUUCUUUUCAUUUGAGAAAUAUAUUUGUUGUCAUUCUGUCAUUAAUUUUUUCCCUGUGGGCUCUUCCAUAGUUUAAAAUGUAAUUGUGGAUCCAGUUAUUAUAUUUUUUGACAUUGGUACUUGGUGUUUCUUAAACUUAACAGAAUCUGAACUCAGAUGCAGCUGUGUCUGCCCUUAUUUAGAAUAUUUGGCUAUAAGUCACUAAUUGGCUAUAAAUCACUAAUAGAUCACCUCACACACAUACUGGAAUGAUUGGGAUCUGUAUGUUGAGAAACUGUGUGGAAAUGGGAAACUUUAACUUCUUAUUUCAACUAUGAGAUGUAUGGGUCCAGAUCCCAAAUAAACGAUUAGUCUAAAUUAGUUGCUCAUAUUCAGGUUUAAAUACAGAUUAUACUAAUGGCCAUUAUUGAUUUAACUUCUAUGAGUCAUUAUAAAUAUCUAUAAAAGCCUGUCCCCAAAGGAUGCCAGAAUAAUAUUUUUAUUUAUCAUAAACUUCUGUGAAUGCUGUUGCACUUCCAUCUAGUUGUAAAUAAAACAUUGUGGUUUUCAAAGCCAUAUUUAAAUGGUUCUUUGAAGAUAGGUCUAUUUUUUAUAUUUUGAAAACGGCAUUGUUCUAAAAAUGUGGAACAGUAAGUAAUUGUAUUUACUAUAAUCUCUUGUAACAUGCACAGAAAUACUUUAUAAAUUAAAUGUGAUGUAUUUUUCAUCCUUCUGGGUUUACUACUAUAGUUCAUCUGAAUUCCUGACAUUAGUCCCUAUACAAAAUACUGGCUGCAGUUGCUGUUUGGAAUUUUAGAGGUAGUGCCAUUACUUGAAUGCUUCUUGUGUACCCCCAAAUUAAUAAAACAUAAUUUCUGUCUUCUAAGAGCAUAUAAGUUUGCAGAAUAAAUAAAUAAGUGUUAAAUAACUCCAACUCUAGAUGAACGGGCAAGAUUUCUACAAGGCCCUCUAAGGGUUCUGAGAAAAGAGAACUCAUUCAACAACAAAUCGUAACUGAGUUCUUGCUCUGUGCCAGGUAUGUUACCAAGCACUGAAGACACAGCAGGGAAUAACCCAGACAACAUUCCUGCCCUCAGGGAAUUUUCAUUUUAGUGUGAGUGACAGAAUACAAAUAUAUGCAUAGUACAGUUUCAGAUAUUAAAUGCUAUAAAUAGAACUAAAACAGUUGGGAAUAGUGUUGCUGUCUUAGGAUGGUUAGAGUAAGGAAAGAUCUCUUUUGAAGGGUAGUGUUUGAAACAGUUUGAAAGAAGUGAGGAAAGCAAACCACUAUGAGAUAGAGGAAACACAGUCUUCUAGGCAGAGAAAAUAGGAAAUACAAAGGCCCUGAGGCAGGAAUUAAUUUGGCUAGAGGGAAGGAGUGAGGUUAGGGUGGCCCAUACUGUGUGGUGGAAAAGAAAUGCAGGAUUGGCUUCAAAUUUCAGCUUUCCCCUUUGCAGUUUGGCCUGAGGCCAAUAGUUCACCUCUCUGUCUCAAGUUUUCUCAUAUGUAAAAUGGUGAUUUGAUUUGUUCCUUUGUGGAUAAGGAGGAUAUAGGAUGCUUGGGCUAGUGAUUUAUUGAGAGAGUGCUCUUAAGAGACUCUAGAAGAUGAGGAAGAAGUUUAUCAUCACCCUGACCCUAUGGGACAAUGCACUAUGUGUUGGACCACAGAGGUUGUCCUGCCCUGAGGUGAGAGCCUGGGCUAUUAUGUUCUUACAUCAGGCAGAAGAGGGGAGGCUAGGUCCCUUUCCUCAGUCGAGAGCAAUCCUCCAAAAUAAGGUGAAGGGGAGGGGACAGCUGUUAACAGCUGGGAUAUGGGUGCACCAACCCUGUAAAAGGAAUUUGGUGGGUCAACAGCAUCUACAAAUGAGGCUAUUAAAAGUAUGUAGCUCAUAGGAUUAUUGAUCAGAUUAAAUGGAUUAAUCCAUGUAAAGUGUUUAGCAGUGUCCCUGGGCCAAAAAACAUUAGCAUGGGCCAGAUCUUCUAACCCAUGGUCAGGGGUUUAGAUUGUGGGGGAGAUCAUUCUAGUGAUUGUAUUAAGAAACAAUUAGGAGGGGCACCUGGGUGGCUCAGUCGGUUGAGUGUCCGACUUCAGCUCAGGUCAUGAUCUCACAGCUCAUGGGUUCAAGCCCCACGUCAGGCUCUGUGCUGACAGCUCAGAUCCUGCUUCAGAUUCUGUGUGUGUCUCUCUCUCUCUCUCUCUCUCUCUCUCUCUCUCUCUCUCUC